AUGAAAACAAGAGAGGAUGCGUGUGAACACCUGUUGAUAAAGCCCUUUUCCCCUGGAUAUACUUUGUGGUUGCGUCAUGGUGAGAAACCAGCUGAGGAGAGCUCUAUUUGCACACCGAUAAUUGAGAAACCUACAACCGAGGUGAAUCCUACUUUUCAAAUGGUGCGCGAGGCAUUUAACUUCACAAUGCCUCAUGGAAGUGACGAGGCCACAACAGGCAAACCUGUAGAAGACGAUGAUUUGGAGUUGUCGUACUUGUACGAUGGUCCAAGUCGCGAGGCACAGGAUUUUACCGAUCUUCUUGCGGAUGGAGUGGAGGAAUUAUAUCCCGGCUGCUCGAAAUACUCAAAGUUGUCUUUCCUAGUGAAGCUUUAUCAUAUUAAGUGUAUGUGCGGUAUGAGUGACAAGGCUAUGUCGAUGAUUCUGGACUUAUUACAGGAUGCAUUUGAGCAAGCCAAACUCCCGUCCACAUUGUAUGAAGCCAAAAAAACUAUCCGAAAGUUAGGGAUUGGAUACAAAAAGAUAAAUGCAUGCCCAAAUGAUUGCAUGUUAUAUCGGGGUGAUGAUGAGGACGCGACCAAAUGCAAGCAGUGUGGGACUUCACGAUGGAAGCAAAAGACGCAAAAGGGUUCCGUUACAAAACUUAAAAUACCUGUCAAGAAAAACGGAAAGCCUCUCCCAACAAAGACUCUCUGUUACUUUCCUCUUAUACCACGACUGCAACGAUUAUUCAUGUGUAGCAAAACUUCAACUGAGAUGUUCUGGCAUAAAGAGGCUGAUUAUAAUUAUGGGUACUUGAGGCAUCCAAAGGAUGCUGAAGCAUGGAAAGAAUUUGAUGCAAAGUAUCCAUUUUUUCUAACGAUCUGCGCAGUGUUCGUUUAG